CUCGGCCUCCUGGGCAGCCCCCUACCGCCGGGCGCGCCCCUCCCUGGGCCGGGCUCGGGCUCGGGCUCCGCCUGCGGCCAGCGCUCCUCGGCCGCGCACAAGCGCUACCGCCGCCUGCAGAACUGGGUCUACAACGUGCUGGAGCGACCCCGCGGCUGGGCCUUCGUCUACCACGUCUUCAUAUUUUUGCUGGUCUUCAGCUGCCUGGUGCUGUCUGUGCUGUCCACUAUUCAGGAGCACCAGGAACUUGCCAACGAAUGUCUCCUCAUCUUGGAAUUCGUGAUGAUCGUGGUGUUUGGCCUGGAGUACAUCAUCCGCGUCUGGUCCGCUGGAUGCUGCUGCCGCUACCGAGGAUGGCAGGGCCGCUUCCGCUUUGCCAGAAAACCUUUCUGUGUCAUCGACUUCAUCGUGUUCGUGGCCUCGGUGGCUGUCAUCGCUGCGGGCACGCAGGGCAACAUCUUCGCCACGUCUGCGCUGCGCAGCAUGCGCUUCCUGCAGAUCCUGCGCAUGGUGCGCAUGGACCGCCGCGGUGGCACCUGGAAGCUGCUGGGCUCGGUGGUCUACGCGCACAGCAAGGAGCUGAUCACCGCCUGGUACAUCGGGUUCCUGGUGCUCAUCUUCGCCUCCUUCCUGGUCUAUCUGGCCGAGAAGGACGCCAACUCCGACUUCUCCUCCUACGCGGACUCGCUCUGGUGGGGGACGAUCACUCUGACGACCAUUGGCUACGGUGACAAGACACCCCACACAUGGCUAGGCCGGGUCCUGGCUGCUGGCUUCGCCUUACUAGGCAUCUCCUUCUUUGCCUUGCCUGCUGGCAUCCUUGGCUCUGGCUUUGCCCUGAAGGUGCAGGAACAGCACCGUCAGAAGCACUUCGAGAAGAGGAGGAUGCCUGCAGCCAACCUCAUCCAGGCUGCAUGGCGUCUGUACUCCACCGACACAAGCCGGGCCUACCUGACGGCCACCUGGUACUACUAUGACAGUAUCCUCCCGUCCUUCAGAGAGCUGGCCCUCUUGUUUGAGCACGUGCAACGGGCCCGAAAUGGGGGCCUGCGGCCCCUGGAGGUGCGGCGGGCGCCGGUACCUGAUGGAGCGCCCUCCCGUUACCCGCCCGUUGCCACCUGCCAGCGGCCGGGCAGCGCCUCCUUCUGCCCUGGGGAAAGCAGCCGGAUGGGCAUCAAGGACCGCAUCCGCAUGGGCAGCUCUCAGCGACGGACAGGCCCCUCCAAGCAGCACCUGGCCCCUCCGCCGAUGCCCACCUCCCCAAGCAGCGAGCAGGUGGGCGAGGCCGCCAGCCCCACCAAGGUGCAGAAAAGCUGGAGCUUCAACGAUCGCACCCGCUUCCGGGCCUCCCUGAGACUCAAACCCCGCACCUCUGCUGAGGAGGGCCCCUCGGAGGAAGUGGCAGAAGAGAAGAGCUACCAGUGUGAGCUCACUGUGGAUGACGUCAUGCCUGCUGUGAAGACGGUCAUCCGCUCCGUCAGGAUCCUGAAAUUCCUGGUGGCCAAAAGGAAAUUCAAGGAGACACUGCGACCAUACGACGUGAAGGACGUCAUCGAGCAGUACUCGGCGGGGCACCUGGACAUGCUGGGCCGGAUCAAGAGCCUGCAGGCUCGGGUGGACCAGAUUGUGGGCCGGGGGUCCGGGGACCGGAAGGCCCGAGAGAAGGGAGACAAGGGACCCUCCGACACGGAGGCGGUGGAUGAGAUCAGUAUGAUGGGACGCGUGGUCAAGGUGGAGAAGCAGGUGCAGUCCAUCGAGCACAAGCUGGACCUGCUGUUGGGCUUCUACUCGCGCUGCCUGCGCUCCGGCACCUCGGCCAGCCUGGGCACCGUGCAAGUGCCGCUCUUCGACCCCGACAUCACCUCCGACUACCACAGUCCUGUGGACCACGAGGACAUCUCCGUCUCCGCACAGACGCUCAGCAUCUCCCGCUCUGUCAGCACCAACAUGGACUGAGGGGCUUCUCAGGGGCGGGGCAGCACACGGCCAGCCCCUGGGCCUGGCGCUCGGACCCGCCGCCUGAGGCCUCCGGACUCCUCUCUUACUUGAACUUGCUCCCUUGCGGGGAGAGAGGCCACAUGCAGUAUUGAGCUGUCUGGAUGGGCGAGAUACCCGCCGUGGGGGUGCCAGCGACCCGCCC